AUGUUGGGCCGACUAAUCGAUCAUAAUGACCGAAUUCCUCUGACGCCCGCUAAUUUAACACGAUUUCAUUCCAGAGCUACACCCACCAUAACAGUGUCCGAUUAUCUUCGUCGGAUAGUGAGAUAUACAUCCACUGAGAAAGCUUGUCUCUUAAUACUUCUUAUAUACAUAGACAGAGUAUGUGAUCGUGACAAGAAUUUCACAAUAACGUCCUUGACUGUACAUCGUUUUAUUAUAGCCGCGGUCACGGUCUCAUCGAAAGCAUUAUGUGAUUCCUACUGCACGAAUUCACAUUAUGCAAGGGUGGGUGGAAUAUCCACACAGGAACUGAACACCUUGGAAUUAGAAUUUCUAUCACUCAUCGAUUGGCAGUUGAUCUGCUCUGGGGAGACAUUACAACAAUAUUAUGCGAAUUUGGUAAAACAGAAUACAAGAUAUCGGAGAGCUGUUCCUGCUUCAGAAUAUAUGAUGGGUGAAGGUAGUUCGAGAUGGAUGAUAUGA